AAUCACACGCCGUGUAUAACCAAUUAGUGGCACUGGCAGUGGCAGGUGGCAGGUGGCAGCAAAUGGCGACUCUCCAAAUUCAAUUACCCGCCAUGUGAUCCAUGAAAAUUGCUGACAUUAGAGCACAGAAACGGUGCACUUUUAAAACUCCAGUCAUUUGACAGUCAUUAAAAGUCGAACUCUGAGCAGGCCUUGAUUUCAAAGUUCCUUUUCCAACAAAUAAUAAAAAAAAACACAAUGUUCUAGUCGAGUGCAGGAAAAUAAUUAUAAAUAUAUCAAAGUUAAAAGAGCACCCGAAACCCGCUUGAUCUCCCCGCCGAUGCCACAAACUGGAUAUGUGGCGACCAGCUAAUUAUAGACGCUAAUAGUAUUCCAGAAGAUUCUGCCUCAAGUUCCGGUUCGAGUUGCCUAGUUGCCAAUUGCAGAAUCCGAAUCGGAACAAAACUAAAACCCGCAACAACCAGCCACAAUGACUACGUACAUGAAGAUAUUCGAGGAGCGCAUCUCCGGCCUGGCUAAGGGCGUGGAUGAGACUGUGGACAGCUGGUUCCUGAUGAGUUCGCCAGCGCCUGUGGUUGGUGUUGUUUUGCUCUACCUGGCAUUUGUUCUGAAGAUCGGACCCGAGUUCAUGAAGAACCGCAAGCCCAUGGAUCUGAAGCGUAUCAUGGUGUUCUACAACGCCUUCCAGGUGUGCUACUCCAUUUGGAUGUGUCGCACGUCCAUCCAGGAGAGCAAUGUGAUAUCCUCGAUCUUCUCGAAGAAGUGCGAAAUCAAUCGCACACGUGAGCAGAAUCUAACUUUGUACUCGGGCGCCUGGUUCUACUUCUUCUCGAAGAUCAUCGACCUGCUGGACACGACGUUCUUUGUGCUGCGCAAGAAGAACAACCAGGUGUCGUUCCUGCAUGUCUACCACCACACCAUCACCGUCCUCUUCUCCUGGGGCUAUCUGAAGUACGCGCCCGGCGAGCAGGGCGUCAUCAUUGGCAUCCUCAACUCGGGCGUGCACAUCAUGAUGUACUUCUACUACAUGGUGGCGGCCAUGGGACCCCAGUACCAGAAGUACCUCUGGUGGAAGAAGUACAUGACAAGCAUCCAGCUGAUCCAGUUCGUCCUGAUCCUCGGCUACAUGUUGGCCGUCGGCGCCAAGGGCUGCAACAUGCCCAAGACACUCACCUUCUUCUUCGUGGGCAACACCGUCAUCUUCCUAUAUCUGUUCGGCAACUUCUACCGCAAGACCUACAAGAAAAACAAGGGCAUCGAUGGCAGCUCUCGGACCGGCAGCAGUCUGGCCCAAUCAGCACUCCGAGCCGCCGGCGGCAUGGGCUGCAUGCCCAGGCAGAGCCUCAACCCGAGCCAGAUUCAGAGUCAGAGCCAGAUCCAGAGCCAGGGACAGCCGGCCAAGCCAUAUAUCGAUCUGAACAACAACAGCGUGAAGCCGCAGAAGCUGGAAUGAACGCGAGCCCUGGUUUGGUUGGGUUUCAGUGUAGAAAUAAUUGUUUUGUAGAGCGGGGCUUUAGUCUAGUUUGUAGUGUAUCUCUUAAUCUCUAUGUCUACGCAUCUGUAGCAGGUAUCAGGCACAACGUACCAUCUAUGAUGUAUGAUGUAUGUAUAAUGUUUAUGCCGAAGCAGCCGAAGAUUACAACCCAAAAAAUAGCUAGGAUCGUAAGAGUGUGCCUGAUUGUGGUCUGACAGUCUGACUGAGUAUGUGUUAAUGUUUUCCCAGAGUUUGAGUUUGAGUUUGAGUUUGAUUUUGAGUUUCAGUGUGCGAGUGUGCGUGCGAGUGUGUGAUAGAGUUCUUAUUAAUGAAAUGCAGCCGUUAAUCGUUUCUCGAAUUGUCAUCUCGGAAACAAGAAACAAGAAAAAUUGAAUAAAACUUUGAUUUUUUAUCUUUAA